AUGGCCUCAGGGCUCCUCUGGUGGUCGAGUAUCCUCGUCCAUAUCUUCACUGCCUCGGCUGCCACCCUCAAUUAUGAUUGGAAUAUCACUUGGGUGACAGCAAAUCCAGAUGGUCAACUCGAUCGUCCAGUCAUUGGCAUCAAUGGCCAAUGGCCUCCUCCCGUAUUGAAUUUUACUCGAGGAGAUCGCAUCAUUGCAAAGGUGCACAAUGCGCUCGGGAAUGAGACCACCAGUGUUCACUGGCAUGGCUUUUUCCAAAAUGGAACAGCUCACAUGGAUGGUCCCCCGUCGGUCACCCAGUGCGACAUUGCGCCGGGUUCUACGUUUGUCUACAAUUUUACUGUUGACCAAACUGGCACCUAUUGGUACCAUUCCCAUACAAAGGGUCAGUAUCCCGAUGGACUGCGCCAGGCUUUGGUGAUUACAGACCCGAAGAAUCCGUAUGCCGGCCAAUACGAUGAGGAGCGGGUCAUCACCCUGUCCGACUGGUAUCACGAUCCGAUGCCAAAGCUUCUGAAGAAAUUCAUCAACGUCGCCAAUCCCACCGGCGCCGAACCCGUGCCCGAUGCCGCGCUCAUGAACGACACGCAAGAUCUCGCCGUGGCAGUUGAGCCGGGAAAGACGUAUUUGUUCCACUUGGCCAACGUCGGUGCAUUUGCCAGUCAAUACUUUUGGAUCGAAGGCCACACGAUGAAGAUCGUCGAAGUCGAUGGCGUAUGGACCGACCCCUCGGAGGCGAGCAUGAUCUACAUCGCCAGUGCACAGCGCUAUGCUGUAUUGGUGACUAUGAAGAAUGAGACAAGUCAAAACUAUGCCAUGGUGGGCAGCAUGGAUACCGACCUGUUCGAUCGAAUUCCCGACUCGUUGAAUUACAAUGUCACGGGAUGGUUGAUGUAUAACGAGCAAGCAGAGAAACCGGCUCCGGCGCCUAUCGACGCCUUUGAGCCUUAUGAUGAUUUUAACCUGGUUCCCGUGGACAGUAUGGCUUUGUACAAGGAAGCUGACUAUACUUUCUCACUAGACGUGAGCAUGGACAACCUGGGAGAUGGGGCCAACUAUGCCUUCUUCAACGGCAUCACCUACGUCAUGCCCAAAGUGCCUACUCUGUAUUCGGCAUUGACUACAGGUUCGGCGGCCACCGACCCUGCUGUCUAUGGGUAUAACACGCAUCCCUUCGUACUCAAAAAAGGCGAUAUCGUGGAUCUCGUCCUCAACAACGAUGACGCCGGCAAACAUCCUUUCCAUCUUCACGGACAUAACUUUCAGGUAAUUUCGCGCAGCGAGGAAAACGCUGGACAUUACGAUCCUAGCAAUCACACUGCCUUUCCAUCUGUGCCCAUGAGAAGGGAUACUGUUCUGGUUCGCCCCCAGGGUCAUUUUGUUGUUCGUUUCCAGGCAGAUAAUCCGGGCGUCUGGCUCUUCCACUGCCACAUUGAAUGGCACAUGGACUCGGGACUCGCAGCAACCUUCAUUGAGGCACCCCUCGAUCUUCAGCAGACGCUUAAGAUCCCCGAGAACCAUUACCAGGUCUGCGAGGCGAGCAAUACCCUCACCGAGGGGAAUGCAGCCGGAAACACCAAGGACUAUUACGAUUUAACUGGAGAGAAUGUCUCGCCUGCACCGCUGCCGGCUGGGUUCACGGCCAAAGGCAUUGUUGCGAUGGUUUUCAGCUGCCUUGCAGCGAUCCUGGGAUUGCUGUCUAUUUCUUGGUACGGCAUGGCUCCCAUUACGGCCACCCAGGCCCAGGGUCUACUAAUAGAGGUCAACCAACCGGACGAGAAUUGA